AUGCUACGGUGGAUCUUUAUGAACUUUCUUCUUCUGGGGCUCUUGGCCCCAGUCGUUUUCGGACGUGCCAUUGGGCACGACUAUUCUCUAUGGAGCCGAAACUCCGAGCAACCAAUCAAUCAAACUCAUUUCCCAAAGACAUACGACAUCAAUACUAAUUACUACGAUUCCUCCCCUAACACUGGCGUCGUGAGAGAGUAUCACUUUGAUAUUAUCAAUACCACCGCUGCCCCCGAUGGCAUCGAACGGCCCGUCCUCCUGGUCAACGGACAAUUCCCUGGUCCAACAAUUGAGGCCAACUGGGGCGACACCGUCAAAGUCCAUGUCACGAACCGCAUGCAAAACAACGGCACGGGAAUACACUUCCACGGUGUGCGGCAAUUUCUUACUAACCAGAUGGACGGCGUCCCGUCGCUGACGCAGUGCCCCGUCGCCCCCGGUGAAAGCUACACCUAUGUCUGGAAGGCGACGCAGUACGGCACCAGCUGGUAUCAUUCGCACUUUGCUCUGCAGGCAUGGGAAGGAGUGUUCGGAGCAAUGGUAAUUCAUGGCCCGACCUCGGCGGAGUAUGACGAGGACUUGGGCCCGCUAUUCCUCAGCGACUGGUCCCAUCAGACCGUCGACGAAAUGUACCAGACUCAGCUGGAGGUUUUCCGACCUGCCCAGAUGCAAGGGGGUCUGCUGAAUGGGAAAAAUGUAUGGGUUGAAAACGGCACAACGGUGGGGGAGCGGUUCAAGACAACUUUCGCUCCGGGAAAGAGAUACCUAAUCCGCUUGAUUAACUCUGCGGUACACACGCACUUCCGGUUCGCUAUUGACCAGCACAAUGUCACGGUCAUCGCUAGUGACUUUGUCCCCAUCAUCCCGUUCGAGACCAAUGCCGUGCCUAUUGAUACGGGCCAGCGUUACGAUAUCAUUGUCACGGCAGACCAACUCGCCGAUAACUACUGGAUGCGCGCGGUACCACAGUCCAUUUGCAGCAACAACACGGCGGGUGAUAACAUCAGGGGCAUUUUGCACUACGAAGGUGCGAAUGAUAACACCGACCCAACGUCAGUUCAAUUGGACAAUCUCGACACCAAAUGUGAGGACUUUCCUGCUUCGCAGCUGGUCCCCUGGGUUGGCCUCGAUGCACGAAUCAGUAGCACCGCCAAGACCGUUCACUCUGAGGUUAGCUUUGAAACAGUCGGGGACGUCCCACUGUAUCUCUGGACGCUGGGAGGAAAUUAUUUCAACAACUCCUGGUCCAGCCCGACGCUGCAGCAACUUCAACGGGGCAAGGACAAGACCGGUUUGAUGACCGAUAAGACAGCAGUGCAAGUCAAUACACCAGACCAAUUCGUGAUAUUGGUUAUCCAGACAUUUUUCAGAGCGCCACACCCUAUCCAUCUUCACGGCCACGACUUCCUAAUCCUAGCCCAAGGCCUCGGAACAUACUCACCCACGAACGUGACCCUAAACACAAACAACCCUGCCCGCCGAGAUACCGCCACGCUACCUUCAGAGGAGGGCAAAGGCGGGUAUCUGGUUAUCGGCUUUAUGGCAAAUAACCCAGGUGUCUGGCUGCUGCAUUGCCACAUCGGGUUUCACCAGUCACAAGGGUUUGCACAGCAGGUUGUCGAACGAUCGAAUGAGAUUGAACGGAUACUGGAUCGAGGUGCUCUGGACAGGACUUGCAAGGCUUGGGAUGAGUAUGCCAAGGUUAAUCCAUUUGGAGUGCAGUAUACGGGGAGGAAUGGGCCGUAUGAGUCGGGGAUUUGA